UGUCAUUUUUGUGGGGGUGCUUGGUUUACAGAUCUUAAUAUGGACCGGCUCCUAAGGCUUGGAGGGGGAAUGCCUGGACUUGGCCAGGGCCCUCCGACAGACGCGCCUGCUGUGGACACAGCAGAGCAGGUGUACAUCUCCUCCCUGGCCCUGCUGAAGAUGUUGAAGCACGGCCGAGCUGGCGUACCGAUGGAAGUAAUGGGUUUGAUGCUGGGGGAGUUUGUUGACGACUACACAGUGCGAGUGAUUGACGUGUUUGCUAUGCCUCAGUCUGGAACGGGAGUGAGUGUUGAAGCAGUGGACCCCGUGUUUCAGGCAAAGAUGCCGGAGAUGGUUGUGGGGUGGUACCACAGUCACCCUGGCUUCGGCUGCUGGCUGUCGGGUGUGGACAUCAACACCCAGCAGAGCUUCGAGGCCCUGUCGGAGCGGGCGGUUGCCGUGGUGGUCGAUCCGAUCCAGAGCGUCAAGGGGAAGGUGGUUAUCGAUGCAUUCAGACUGAUCAACGCCAACAUGAUGGUGUUGGGCCACGAACCCAGGCAAACCACAUCCAACCUGGGCCAUCUGAACAAGCCCUCCAUCCAGGCUCUGAUUCAUGGACUUAACAGACACUACUACUCCAUCACCAUCAAUUACAGGAAGAACGAGCUGGAGCAGAAGAUGCUGUUGAACCUGCACAAGAAGAGCUGGAUGGAGGGCCUGACCCUGCAGGACUACAGUGAGCACUGCAAGCUCAACGAGACCAUCGUCAAGGAGAUGUUGGAGCUAGCUAAGAACUACAAUAAGGCUGUUGAAGACGAAGACAAAAUGACCCCCGAGCAGCUGGCGAUCAAGAAUGUUGGAAAACAGGAUCCCAAGAGACACUUGGAGGAGCAUGUAGAUGUUUUAAUGACAUCCAACAUUGUUCAGUGCCUAGCUGCCAUGUUGGAUACUGUUGUUUUCCAGUGA